AUGAAGAAGCAAUGGGAGCUGCACCUCAGUUAGUGUUGAUUGCGAUCGUUUUAAGUGUGUGCCAUUCCACAUGUUCGUACCAUCCUCGCCUGUCUACUUACAGACUUGUGUUCGAGGUUCCACUGACGCCACUCGAGGAGGAGAAAAUUCAAAAAGUCAGGGAACUCGUUUUAGACACCGGGGAUAAUGGAUCCAUUACAUUGAAAUACUUGGUUAGCCUACUUGGAAGGCUUACAGAGCGGUAUGUGCAACUUGAAGAGAACUCCAAAGUUCAAGGCGUUCUCAUAGACAAUCUUAAGACACUUGAGACCGUAGCCAAAAAAAUAAGCGAAUUAAAAAGUAAGGAAAUUAAUAAAAUGAAAGAUGAUUUACUUGACUGUUCAAAAACUCAAGAAAAAUCACAGAUUCAAGAGGUCGAGAUCGAGAACUGUAAGAUCCUACUAAACCAAAGGAAAAAUAUGGUAACAAGAUUGGAAGUCAAAUUAAACGCGUGUCACAACACUCAGGUGGCAAAUGAGGAAUUAAUUAAGAUCCUGCAACUGAAAAAUACGGAAAGCACUACUACUACUACUGAAAAUCCAGAAAAUGGUGUAACUUUAAAAACCAAUAUCAAGGAUUUGUUCUAUUCUCAGCAAAGUGGCUGCGCUGCACUUGGGAAUUUUACCGGAGUAAAAUCCAUCGAAGUGCCUACGAUUGGAGAGGUUAAUGUCUAUUGCAAUAGCCUUCUGGCGCGACCAGAGACGAGAAAAUGGCAAAACCAACUUUAUCCGCAAAUGGAUGGAGUAUAGGGAGGGCUUUGGAAACAUAACGGGGGAGUUUUUUAUUGGACUGCAGACGCUUCAUCAGCUCACCAAAUCGGAACAGUAUGAGCUACAUAUUCAAUUGGAAGAUUUUGAGGGAGAGCAGAGAUUUGCCCACUACGAUCGAUUUGAGGUGGAUGAAGAGGACUCGGGCUAUGCACUGCUAUCCCUAGGAAAAUACACUGGCAAUGCUGGUGAUGCACUAACUCAUAAUCUCCAUGCCAAGUUCAGUACUUACGAUGAGGAUAACCUUGAAAAAUGCGCAGCUAGGAAGGAAGGUGCCUGGUGGUACGGGGACAAAUGUGGUUUUAGCAAUCUGAAUGGCAUCUAUUCGGUUGGAGAUCAGAUAUAUGACUACGAUGGCGUAGGAGUCUUUUGGAACACUGCCGAGUGGCACGACUACACUUAUUCCCUUAAGACAGUACACAUGUUGAUAAGGCCGAAGCUGAAUUAAAGGAAAAAUGUAAAUCGAUUCUAGUUCCUUUUAAAAGAUCAUAAACUGCAGUAAUUCUUGCUCAGAUAAGUACAGCGAGUAGUAAUUAGUAAUAAAAGCCUUGGAGAAACAGAUUGUACUGAAGUACUCAAUGCAAAAUAAGAUAUAA